GCCAACGCCGAACAAAGAGUAAACGAAAACACAAAAGCCCUAAUAUUUGUGUGUGUAGACUCUCUCUCUCUCUCUUUCUCUCUCUCCUUGAAAGCUUUCGUAAGUCCUUGCGGCCAUGGCGCACGGCGGCUAUGCCAAGAGAAGGGUUUCAGAACCCAAUCAAGCGUCAGGAAGCAGCAGCAGGAGGUCGAAAGCAUUACGCGUGGAGAAGAAACCUAAGAUCGUCUCUCUGAAGAACCAGAUGCGUUCCGUCGAACGCUUUCUUCGUAAAGAUUUGCCUCCUGAAGUAAAAGAGACUCUUAAACAGAAGUUGGAGUAUUUGAAGAAGCAGCAAGAUGACCAUACACGUCUUGCUGUUGAACGUAAAAUAUUCCUCAGGAACAGAAAGAUUAAGUUCUUUGAGAGGAGAAAGAUUGAAAGGAGCAUCAGGCGGCUUGAGAAGCUACAGCGAACUUCAUCUGCUCAUGUGGGAGAUGCAGAUGUAGCUGAGCAACUCAGUAAACUCAAGGAAGAUCUUGAAUAUGUUAGGUUCUUCCCCAAAAAUGAGAAGUAUGUAUCUCUGUUUACUGGUGCUGAGGACUCAGAAGUGAUUGAGCGAAGAAGUAAGAUGCGGAAGCAGAUCAAAGCCAAUAUUAUUGUUGCUGCUGCUAGUGGGAAAGAGUUGGAAGAGACAGGGAGUGAAGAUGAUGGUCUUCUGGACCUUAGUGAUGAUGAUUUCUUUGACAAAGGGAGCUCAAGCGAUGAAGCAGACGCAGAUGAUGAAUUGACCGAUAAAAGCACGAAGGAAGCUGCUUCUAGUAGUAGACCAACAUCUGGCAUGUCUAGUGAUGAAAGGAACCAGAAACAAAACUCUGCUAGGGCUUUAAUGCCACCACCACAGGCAAGGUUUGGUUCAAAUCAUAGGAAGAACUCGUCUAUGCAGAGGAAAGAGAUGCCAUCAUCCUCGAGAAACACUUCAAACAGAAGAAGUGAGUCUUCAUAUAAUGCCAGGGGUGCUUCCGCAACUUCAUAUAAUGCCAGGGGUGCUUCCGCAACUUUGGCCGCCAGGGAUGCUGCUGCAACUUCAUAUAGCAGUCAGAGUAGCAACUUGAGCUCCAAUUCUGAUGCUCAUAAACCCAAGAGGAAGAGGCGGCCAAAGAAGAAGAAGCAACAGGAGUGAUCUGAUCGGGUUCUCAGCUUCUCUAAACACACCCUUGAUUCUUUACUUGCUGCUGCGGUCUCUUUGGUGGGAUUGCAUUAUAUAAUACAUAGAUUUGGUGUGGUCAUGGAAUGCAGAGAGAUAGGUGUCUUGUUGCUUUUGUCUUUUUAAAUGGAAACCCUGAAAAACUAUUGGGUAUUAAUUAAACAACUCCCUUUUGAAUCA